UACUGGUUAGAAUUUCGUAAGAUCUUCCUGUUUCUGAAUGAUAAUGGAACAACCCGUGUAACGGAACGUCACUAUGGUGAUCGUUUACCGUCUUUGGGGUACGACGCUUUAAUAUUUUAUUCGGAUGAGCUCAUAUAAUUAAAAAAAAAUAACUCCAUACAUUAAAUUGACUAUUAUGAACAGCACAAUGCAGAUAAUGAUAAUGUACAAAAAGUACAGAUAAUACAAACACUAUCAGUAGGUUACGGCUGUGGUUGAAGUACACUGGCCCCGCCUCACUUUGUACACGGCCCCAGUGGCCUAAUGGAUAAGGCACUGGCCUCCUAAGCCAGGGAUUGUGGGUUCGAGUCCCAUCUGGGGUGUUCUUCUUUUCGCUGUCGUACAAGCACCUUAGACACCAUUUAAGUGCUUCGUUGUCUGUAGAAGAAAAUCUUCACAUAUAAAUCCUAAUACGUUUGAAGAAUAUGCGUGUCUAACUAGGCGAGAGGCAGAUACAACACAGACUUCCACGGCUGACAUGGAUACACGCAGAAUGGCACUCUGCGUACUGCUGAGCACUUUAGCUGUAUCCGUAAAAUCCACGGAUGUAUUCAGAAGAGCGAACGUCAAGCUCCAAACUUACCAACUCCAAGAGGCCACUGUGCACUGGGAUGCUGCCCAGAAAAGUGUGAUCCUGAAGGAGGGGUUGAUGGAGACGGAGGGGGAAGCCUAUGGGUACUUCAACGACACUCUGCUCCUCUCAGGAUGGGGCAUCCUGGAGAUCAAUGCAGGCUAUGGAGGAAUCACUCAGGAAGAUGAGACCACUUUCUUCUUGGCUGGCUACCUGGAAGGUUACCUCACUGCUGGACAGAUGUUCAGUCAUUACUCCAACAUGUACCCUCAGCUGAUCAAGGAUGAAAAGGUUCUGGAGCCCUUGAAAAACUUUUUGAGCAAACAAGACCAGUGGGCCAGAGAGCAGGUGAAGCUCAGGAGAAACAGUGACCCCUUGUGGAAGCAUAUGGGACUGAUCCUGGCUCAGCUGGAUGGACUCCAUGCAGGAGCUGCACUGUGGGCCAAAAGCAAACACAGGGAGCCUCUAUCAGCGUUCACGGUCCAGUUUCUAAAUGGUGUCGGUGACCUCUUGGAUCUUGUCCCAGCUUUGACACCUCGCUCCAACUCCUCCACAGGGUCCGGCGCUUUCAGGAUGCCUGGAAUGGGCCACUGCACAGCUCUCAUAAAGGUUCUUCCAGGCUUUGAGAACCUGCUAGUCGGCCACUCUAGCUGGUAUACUUAUGCAGCCACCAUGCGUAUCUAUAAACACUGGGACUUCAAGGUGUCUGACACACACGUAGCCACUGGAAAGAUGUCAUUCAGCAGCUACCCUGGCUUCCUGAUGUCUCUGGAUGACUUCUACCUCCUUGGGAGCGGCCUGCUGAUGACUCAGACCUCCAUCGGCGUCUUCAAUGCCUCUCUGUUCUCUCAGCUCAGCCCUCACAGCCUGCUGGCCUGGCAGAGGGUCCGACUGGCUAACAGUCUGGCGCACACCGGAGAGAAGUGGGCGCAGGUUUUCUCCAGAUACAACUCAGGCACAUAUAACAGCCAGUACAUGGUGGUGGACCUGAGCAGGAUUUCUCUGAGUAAAAGCAUCAGGGAUGGAGCUCUGACUGUUGUAGAGCAGAUUCCUAGCAAAGUCAUGCACUCCGAUCAGACUCGGGCGUUACGCAGAGGUUAUUGGCCGUCAUACAAUAUACCAUUUCAUGCUGAAAUUUACAACCUGAGUGGGUACAGUGUGAUGUGGAAAAGAUACGGGGAAGACUUCUCCUAUGAUCUCUGUCCCCGAGCCAAAAUCCUCCGCAGGGACCAAGCCAAGGUGUCCGACCUCAGCUCCCUCAAACGCAUGAUGAGAUACAACAACUACAAGAAAGAUCCCUACUCAAAGGGCCAUCCCUGCAAAACCAUCUGCUGCCGUAACGACCUGAGACCAAGGAGGCCACGGCCAGGGGGCUGCUACGACACUAAGGUGACGGACUACCAGAUGGCCCUCCAGCUGGUCGCCGAGACAAUAAAUGGCCCCACUACCCAGGGGGGUCUGCGCCCAUUUUCAUGGCAGUCCUUUAACUUCACGAUUCAUCAGGGACUCCCCCACACAUACAACUUUCCCUUUAUCACCAUGAGGCCCAUGCUGGACAAGCCAUAAGAGCACAGACCUGGAAGAUGCCAUGCGUCCAUGUGCAGCUGUGUUCAAAUUCACAAAUCCUGCGUCACAACACUGAAAAUCCUGUUGGUGCAGCUAAACAGAGAGUAAAAAACUUGAUUAUUUUGCCAACAUUGGUGGUUUUUUAUUAAUAAUUUAAUAAUCCAUUUUAAAACAAACAACAACUAAAAAUGAUCAAAAUGAAGUAUACUGAACUAGAUGCCACUAGAUGCAGUGAGGUGUUUGUGAUGUAGUGUUGUGUUGGUCUUAUUUCACAGCAUCUAUCUAUUAGUGACAGAGUACUCUGAACUGGCAUAAGGAUUGUGGGCUUGUUUGCGCUAUUUUAACACUCUGUGUAAAGUUUCCACAAACGUUUGGAUUUAAACCAUCAGGAAAAUCCUGUUCAUUUUAUAUUUAUUAUAAUUACAGUGUUUUUGUUUUUGAGUUCAAUUCUAUGCAGUAUCUACUCAGGUUUGCACAUUGUGGAAGAAAAUUAUCUAAGUUUGCAUUAAUAUUAAUUAUACUAAAUUAAAUUAUAACCUGU